AUGUAUUUCACACGCGUGUUGUAUUUGAAUUUGAGUCCUACUUUGCAUAAAAUUCCUUCGAAAGAUUUGGGAAAAUAUUUGAAUUUACCAUUUAUCGAUCGACUACGUGUCUAUGUUCGUGGUGGUACUGGCGGACAGGGACUAAAAAAGUAUGGCGGUAUUGGUGGGCGAGGUGGUGAUGUCAUUAUAAUGGGUAAAAAAAACUUAUCAUUGAAACAAGUUUAUGAAAAGAAUUUGACAAAACGUUAUAUAGCACAAGAUGGUUUUAAUAGUUCGAAAGCUUCGCUAAACGCCGAAUCGGGUAAAGAUUUGAUUAUCCAUGUCCCGUUGGGUAUUCAGAUCGUUAAAGAUAACGAUGAAUUAAUUGAUGAAAUAUUAGAUAUUGAUGAUAAAUGUGUCGUUGCUGCAGGAGGAGCUGGUGGUACAUUCAAAAAUAUGUUUGUUGGUAAACCAGGCACGUCAAUGAUGAUUAAUUUUGAUUUAAAAUUAUUAGCUGAUGUUGGUUUUGUUGGAUAUCCAAAUGCCGGUAAAUCAACAUUAUUAUCUAUGUUAUCACGUACAAAACCAGCUAUAUCUGCUUCACCAUUUACCACUGUUGAUCCACAAUUAGGAACAGUGAUAUUUGAAGAUGGUCGAUCGUUUACUGUUGCCGAUUUACCCGGACUCGUUGAAGGAUCUCAUAUUAAAUUUGGAUUAGGUUCUCGAUUUUUAAAACAUACGAUACGAUCAAAAAUAUUAUUAUUUGUUAUUGACAUAAACGGAUUUCAAUUAAGUUUUCACUCACCAUUACGUACAGCAUUUGAUUCAAUUGUAUUUUUAACAAAAGAAUUAGAAUUAUAUGAACCAAGUUUAUUAGAUAAACCCGCUAUAUUAGCUAUAAACAAAAUUGAUCAAUUAGAAAAUCCUGAUAAUGAUGAAGAAUUGAAAGAAAUUCAUUAUUAUUUAGACAAUUACAAAGAAAUAUUAGAAAGAGAUUACGAAGAAAAAUGGAGACCAAAGAAGUUUUUCGAAUUUAAACAUAUUGUUCCGAUUGCUGGUAAACAUGGAACAAAUUGUUCCGAAUUGUGUACAGUAUUAAGAGCUGUAUUAGAUGAACAAGCCAACAUGGAAAGAGACGAUUAUAAUAAAAAAGAAUGGUGGAAUAGAGGCUAA